GCUGGCCCUGGGCUUCCUCUCUCCACUCGCCUCCACAGAGCUGUCGCUUCGGAGCCCGAGGACGCACGGAGGGUCUGUUUUUAGGGUCCCCGGACUGCAGACACUGCCAUGGCCCCUGUGCUCAGCAAGGACGCGCCGGACAUCGAGAAUCUCCUGGCUUUAAAUCCUCGAACACAAACUCAUGCAACUCUGCGUUCGACUUCGGCCAAGAAAUUAGACAAGAAGCAUUGGAAGAGAAACCCCGAUAAGAACUGCUUUGAUUGUGAGAAGCUGGAGAAUAAUUUUGAUGACAUCAAGCACACGACUCUUGGUGAGCGAGGAGCCCUCCGAGAAGCAAUGAGAUGCCUAAAAUGUGCAGAUGCCCCGUGUCAGAAGAGCUGUCCAACGAAUCUAGAUAUCAAAUCGUUCAUCACAAGUAUCGCAAACAAGAACUAUUAUGGAGCUGCGAAGGUGAUUUUUUCAGACAACCCCCUAGGUCUGACCUGUGGGAUGGUGUGUCCAACCUCCGAUCUCUGCGUGGGCGGGUGCAAUCUCUGUGCCACUGAAGAGGGACCGAUUAAUAUCGGUGGACUGCAACAGUUUGCUGCUGAGGUGUUCAAAGCCAUGAGCAUACCACAGAUCAGGGACCCGUGUCUGCCGCCCCCCGGAGACAUGCCCCCAGCCUACUCGGCCAGGAUUGCUCUUCUCGGGGCCGGGCCUGCCAGCAUAAGUUGUGCUUCCUUUUUGGCUCGAUUGGGCUACUCCGACAUCACUAUAUUUGAAAAACAAGAAUACGUUGGGGGUUUAAGUACUUCUGAAAUCCCUCAGUUCCGGCUGCCGUAUGACGUAGUAAAUUUUGAGAUUGAGCUUAUGAAGGACCUUGGUGUGAAGGUAAUUUGCGGUAAGAGCCUUUCGGUGAAGGACCUGACUCUCAGCAAGCUCAAAGCAGAGGGAUACAAAGCCGUUUUCGUUGGCAUAGGUUUGCCAGAACCCAAAAAAGACCACAUCUUCCAAGGCCUGACACAGGACCAGGGGUUUUAUUCAUCCAAAGACUUUCUGCCUCUCGUAGCCAAAGGCAGUAAAGCAGGGAUGUGCGCCUGUCACUCUCCAUUGCCAUCGGUCCGGGGAGCCGUGAUCGUGCUGGGAGCGGGAGACACGGCUUUCGACUGCGCCACCUCAGCGCUGCGCUGCGGGGCCCGCCGCGUGUUCGUCGUCUUCAGGAAAGGCUUCGUGAACAUCAGAGCUGUCCCCGAGGAGAUGGAGCUUGCUAAGGAAGAAAAGUGUGAAUUUCUGCCCUUCCUGUCCCCACGGAAGGUUCUAUUGAAAGGAGGGAGAAUUGUGGGUAUGCAGUUUGUGCGGACCGAGCAGGACGAAGCUGGGAACUGGAUUGAAGAUGAAGAGCAGAGGGUCCAGCUGAAAGCCGAUGUGGUCAUCAGUGCCUUCGGCUCCGUCCUGAGCGACCCUGACGUGAAAGAAGCCCUGAGCCCUAUCAAAUUUAACAAAUGGGGUCUCCCAGAAGUAGAUCCAGAAACUAUGCAGACCAGCGAACCAGGGGUGUUUGCUGGCGGUGACAUCGUGGGAAUGGCCAACACGACUGUGGAGUCCGUGAAUGACGGGAAGCAGGCUUCUUGGUUCAUUCACAAAUAUAUACAGUCACAACACGGAGCUGCGGUUCCUGCCAAGCCCGAGCUGCCCCUCUUCUACACGCCCGUGGACCUGGUGGACAUCCACGUGGACAUGGCGGGGCUGCGGUUCCCCAACCCGUUCGGGCUCGCCAGCGCGACGCCUGCCACCAGCACCACGAUGAUCCGCAGAGCCUUCGAGGCCGGCUGGGGUUUCGCCGUGACCAAAACGUUCUCUCUGGAUAAGGACAUCGUGACAAAUGUCUCACCCAGAAUCAUCCGGGGAACCACCUCUGGCCCCAUGUACGGCCCUGGACAAAGCUCCUUCCUGAACAUCGAGCUCAUCAGCGAGAAAACAGCGGCAUACUGGUGUCAAAGUAUCACUGAGCUCAAGGCUGACUUCCCAGACAAUGUCCUGAUCGCGAGCAUCAUGUGCACCUACCGCAAGGAGGACUGGGCGGAGCUCUCCAGGAUGGCCCAGGCUUCCGGAGCUGACGCCCUGGAGCUGAAUCUGUCGUGCCCACAUGGCAUGGGCGAAAGGGGAAUGGGCCUGGCCUGCGGGCAGGACCCGGAGCUGGUGCGGAACAUCUGCCGCUGGGUUAGGCAAGCUGUUCAAGUUCCUUUUUUUGCCAAAUUGACCCCAAAUGUCACUGAUAUCGUCAGCAUCGCGAGAGCUGCCAAGGAAGGUGGUGCAGACGGUGUAACAGCCACCAACACAGUCUCAGGUCUGAUGGGCCUCAAAGGCGACGGCACGCCCUGGCCAGCAGUGGGCACCGGGAAGCGGACGACAUAUGGAGGAGUGUCUGGCACAGCCGUCAGACCCAUCGCCCUGCGAGCCGUGACGGCCAUUGCCCGCGCUCUGCCCGGCUUUCCCAUUUUGGCCACCGGGGGGAUCGACUCGGCGGAGAGCGGCCUUCAGUUCCUGCACGGCGGCGCCUCGGUGCUCCAGGUGUGCAGCGCUGUCCAGAACCAGGACUUCACGGUGAUCGAGGAUUACUGCGCUGGCCUGCGAGCCCUCCUCUACCUGCAGAGCAUCGAGGAGCUGCGGGCCUGGGACGGGCAGAGCCCCCCUACCGCGAGCCACCAGAAGGGGAAGCCAGUUCCUGGAAUAGCUGAGCUCACCGGAAAGAAACUGCCAAGUUUUGGGCCUUACCUUGAGCAACGCAAGAAAAUCAUAGCCGAGAACAAGAUUAAACUGAAAGGAGAAAAUGCAGCUUUUCUGCCCCCCAAGAGAUGCCUUUUUAUCCCUCAAAAGCCUAUUCCCACUGUUAAGGAUGUCAUUGGAAAGACACUGCAGUACCUGGGGACCUUCGGUGAUCUGAGCACCGUGGAGCAUGUCGUGGCCAUGAUUGAUGAAGAAAUGUGUAUUAACUGUGGCAAGUGCUACAUGACCUGCAAUGACUCUGGCUACCAGGCCAUAGAGUUUGAUCCCGAAACCCACCUGCCCAGUGUGACGGAUGCGUGCACCGGCUGUACUCUGUGUCUCAGCGUCUGCCCCAUCAUCGACUGCAUCAGAAUGGUUUCCAGGACAACCCCGUACGAGCCCAAGAGAGGCCUGCCCUUGGCCGUGAAUCCCGUGUGUUAAGGUGGUUUCUGAAGCUACUGCAAACUUUGCAGUCACCCACAUACACUUAGCUUUCUCAUUGUGAUCACUCGGUUCAGCUCUUUCAAAAUGAAAAUAGAUAUAUAAUUUCUAGAUGAAAAUAUAAUCUCUAAAUAAGUUUCUAACUUAGAAAAAGCCUGCUACCAGUGACCAUUCAAUCAAUGGUCAUACGUAGAAUAAUUCUUCUCUGAGGGUAGUUGUGAAAUGACUGUGUAGCAGUUAACUGGAUGUUCACCAUCUGUUCAUGGUGAAAAUAUUAAUUUUUUGUGGCAAUUAAUGCAACAAUUUCCAAAUUUCCCAGUGCUGGGCUCUGUCUUCGAUUUCUAAUCGUAAGCCAAAUUACAUAUUAUAUGGAAAAUGUACGAUGAAACAUAAGAAAAUGUUUCCAAUGAAAUAUUUUAUAGUUAAAAAUUACACUUAAUUUUAACACUGUCUCUAAGCAAACAGAGUUAGCUCCAGAAAGCACAGAUGAAAAAAGUCGAACAAUUUUUUUUACCGCAGCUGGAAAAAAAAGCCAAGUGGGUAGGCAUACUCUGCAGGGGCCCCUUUGCUGAAAGAGCUCCCCCUCUUGGUGGCAGAGACCACCAGCAAGAGCGUUUUAACCAUCAGGCCCCUGUUCUUCACCCAGCAGCCCCCCCCCCCCCCCCCGCCCCCCAGGGCAGCAGCACGUUCUUCUCUCUCCGGGUCGGAGCACGUGCGGGCCGGGCAAGCGCUCUUCGCGCACAGACCCGCCCUGGCGGAGGGGUACCACCUGCACCCGGUCGGCGCCCACCGCGCCUGCGUGCCAGCGGCUGCGCGUCACCAUGCGAGAGGAGGGACGCGGCACUGGCAGUAUCUCUUAAAUGAGCAAGCACAGUUCAGCUACUCAUCGUGUUUAUGCUAAGUUUCAGAGGUUCUGGAAUAAAAAAGAAAUCUAUUUUUUUCUGUGAUUGCCAAACAAUAUUUUUGCACUUUUCUAUUUUCAUAAUCAGCAAAUAGCACCCUGUAAUUCAUGUAUCGCUCAUGGGUGGCACAUUUCGCAGGAAUCCAUAGGAGUCGAUCUUGACGUAGUUCUGGGACAAACACCAGGCCUAGGAAACGAGAUGUCUGAUUAUGCACUGUUGAGAAAUGAACGCUUACCACAGAAUCUGUAUGGCUGAAUAAUAUCAAAUAAAUGUUGU